UUAACGAUGCCACAACCAUCGAAACCUUUAUUGCACCGAACACAAUCUACACCGCGGCUGCCAUCUGAAUUUUCUACUGAACCGUCUUCAUGGCAGCCACCACCACAACCACGACCAUGGCCACCGUAUCAUCCUUUUAAUAAUGAAAGAUCCUCUUUAUUGCAGCGGCCACCAUCAUUUUCAUCCAAAUCUAAAAUGAUUGAAAUGUUACCUAGUUCCAACCGAUCUUCAUUUGAGGUAAUGCAACCACCACUAAAAUCAUGGAAAUGCACAAAAGCAGACUUGCCCUUAGCCGCAGGCGUAACCGCUUGUCUUAUUUACUCUGGUUUAAUGGUGUAUGUAAUUGUUUGGAAGGCAACAGGGCACGAUUUUGAUUGAUCGAUCGCGGAG